UAAAUAAAUAUAUUUUUCUGGCAGCCCAGUUCUUUAAUAAUUUUUGGAUUUUGCUGUGGGUGUGACCCCUGAACAGGCUACAGACGAGAAAAUUACCCCUACAUUAUUUACUGAAAUAUCAGGAUGAGUGUGAAAGCAUUUGAACUGGUUCCUGCUGUAGAAAGGUUGAAGCUUCUUGGGGAGAGGACCAGCAAAACUUCAAUUGAAUGUAUAGAAUGCUGUGGGAAGAACCUCUACAUUGGGACAAGUGAUUGCUUUGUGAUCCAUUACUUGAUCGAAGAAAAGAUGCAACCCAAUGGAAAGAUCACGUUUGUCUCUGAGAAACAGUCCCAUAAAUACUUGGCUGUGAGAAAGCCAAUCCAACAAUUACAGGCAGCCUCAGCGCUAACCAGGAUACUGGUUCUGUGUGAUAAUGUCCUGACUCUGCUACACAUGUUCAACCUAGAGCCUAUACUUAGUGGAGCCAAGAUUAAAGGGGUGACAUCAUUCUGUGUGAAUGAGAACCCGCGGAGUGGCAGCCCUUUCAGUGUAGAGAUUGCCGUAGCCACAAAGAGACGCUUGGUGCAGGUCUACUCAGUCACAGAAGAUAAGAUGGUUCUAGUCAAAGAUGUAUCAAUACCAGAUAUGCCCGUCAAUGUGGGUAUUGAUUCAUUCUGUGUCUGUGUUGCCCUUAGCAACCAGUACAUCCUGGCAAACUAUGACACAGGUCAAAUCACUGACCUCUUCCCCGUGGAGACGGAGCAUACCACACCAAUCAUCAAGAGAGUCGGAAGGGAGGAGUUUUUACUAGCAGGGCCCGGUGCUCUUGGUAUGUUUGUAACGUCAGGAGGUAUGUCCCAGAGGCCACCUUUGAAGUGGGCGGAGUCUGUAUGCGCUGUCAGUUACACAUUCCCGUAUGUGGUAGCAUUGGAUGAUGAGUUUCUUACAGUUCACAGUGUGUUGGACCAGCAGCAGAAGCAGACCAUUCCAUUCCAAGGAGGGAAGUUGUUGGGUGACUUUGAGGGGAAGAUGUUUGUGGCUUCCAAUAAAGAGGUCUAUGCAUUGGUUCCUCUGCCAGUGGAGAAACAGGUCCAAGCGUUACUUGCCGACAAACGAGUGGAAGAAGCAUUAAACCUUGCAAAGAACUACCGGAAAGCUGGACUUGGGAAGGAUAAGUUUCUGCAGAUGUAUAACCACAUACAGCAGCAGGCAGGAUUCAUCCAGUUCGCUCAGCUUAAUUUCGCUGAUUCCAUGGAGUUGUUCAAGGAAGCUAAGCUUGAUGUGAGAGAGUUGAUCUGCCUGUAUCCAAACCUACUGCCCUCGAACUCCAACUUCCAUCGGGCCAUCCCACCGCUUCACGACUUCGCGGAUAUCAGUCAGGUUGUCCGAGGUAAGCCUGACAAGGUGGCGGAGUGCAAGCAAUUCCUUAUGGACUUCCUAGAAGACGUGAGGGAUACUGACCUAGCAGUCGGCAUGAAACUGGAGGUUGAUACUGCACUGCUGAAGCUCUACGCCGAGUCCAACCCCACCAAACUGAUCACCCUCAUCUCAACCGAGCACUCCUGCGACCCUGAAGACAGCCGUGAAUACCUGCAGGGAUUCAGUCGUCACCAUGCCCUGGCUCUCCUCCACAGAUACCAGGGUGAUAGCGAGCAAGCCAUGGUCCUAUGGGCAAGAUUAGCUGAUGGAGAUGCUACAGAUGAAACCUUCCCUGGAUUAGGGUUUGUCAUUGAUUUCUUAUCAAGCUUAUCUGACCAUGAGCUGGUGUGGAGAUAUGUAGACUGGGCCAUGAGAAAAGAACCAGAGAACGCUACUAAGAUUUUCACUGAGAGACCUGAGAAUGAGCCAGUGAGUGAGCGGAUGAGGCCAGAUGUGAUCAUAGACUAUCUUCAUGCCUACCCUAGGGCUGUCAUUCGAUACCUGGAACAUCUCGUCUUUGUCAAGAAAAUGGAGAAAGAGAAAUACCACACUCAUCUAGCAGUGCUGUACCUGGACCAGGUCCUGAAGAUGAAGGCCAGCACUGAGACAGUCCCUAGGUUAGACCUGGACCUGGCCCGGUCCAAGCUGCGUCACCUGCUCCAAGACUCCUCUGUCUAUCGGGUCCAGCUCAUCCUAGGGAAGGUCAAGGAGACAGACAUGUAUGCAGAAUGUGCAAUACUGUAUGGAAAGCUGGAGGAGCACGACAAAGCUCUUCGGAUCCUGGUCCACAAGCUGCAGGACUACGGAGCCGCAGAGAACUACUGCAUGGUCAACUCCAAGGACCAAGACCAGGCCUACAGGAGAAGACUGUUCCAGCUCCUGCUCACAGUGUACCUGGACCCAAUGGAAGGUAAAAAGGAUUCCCUUCUAGGACCUGCUAUGAAUCUGCUCAACAGCCCAGAGGCUGACUUUGAUACUGUCAGAGUUCUUCAGCUCCUUCCGGAAACCUGGUCAGUGGGUCUCAUCUCACGCUUCCUCUCCGAAGCGGUCCGGUCCAGCACCCACGGGAGCCGCAUGUCCCGUGUGGAACACACCCUGACCCGCAGUGAGAACCUGCACCUACGCGGGGAAAUCGUCGACAACAGCCGUUGCCUCAUCUCCCUCACCGAAGACCGGAUGUGCCAGGUCUGUCGGGGGCCAUUCAGUGAGCCGACCUUUGUGCGAUAUCCGAACGGGGUCAUCACGCAUACGCAGUGCGCAAGGAAUAAAGCGGUUUGUCCGGUCACGGGGCGGUUGUUCAGUACGCGCAAAGAGUCGACGUGAUAGAGCAUUGUUGAGUGGUUUUGCGAUGCUUGACAUGAUCAAAGCACUUUCUAUUGCUCUGAACUCUAGACUGUGAACCCUCAACUCUGAACUCUGCACUCUCAUCACUAGAAUGUGAACGCUGCGCUCUCAUAUGUAUAAUGUGAGCUAUAGGUUUUGCCCAGCAAGAAUGUGUAGAAUUAAAGUAAAUGCAGAGUAUAACUAACUAGUUCUAUCUAUCUGAGCCCAUAUCAUCUUCUUGACUCUGUUAGUGUAGACUUGCAACCCUGAAAUCAGAGAAAAUCCAGGGAAAUGGGUAUUCUUUUUCCCCUCAAGGAAGCAAACAGUUGGGGAAAUUAGAAAUAAAAGACAG